ACAGUCCUUCAAUUUACGCUAUUUCACGAACAAAUACUCAGUUGCCUUGCCGGGAUAGAUGAGAAAAGCCAAGAGAAUAGCUCGAUAAUUCGUCUCCAAUUGCACAUUUUCCUCAGCCUCAGUUGAUGUUCUGAUCCAUUUAUUUUUAAGGUAGUGAUCAAGAUGGGAGGAGCUGAACAUGGACAUGGAGAAGGUGCCCAUGGCCACGCCACUGACUUUAGGCACAAGGUCUGGAGCAUGAGCGGAGGUCCCAACUGUAGACCCGUACAUUGGAAGCGUAACACCGCCAUUGCCAUGGCCGGCAUUUUUCUCGUCUGCAUUCCGAUCGCCAUGAAAUCCGCCGAGCUUGAGCAACGGCCACAUCCUCCCGUCCGCCCUAUUCCUUCACAGCUCUGGUGCAAGAACUUCGGUACAAAAGACUACGAGUCCGUUAAAGGCCCAUAAGCAAAAGACCUAGUGGAGGUUGGGUAUACAUUAGUCUUGCUUUACGGGAAAGCAUAUUCCUUGAAUUUGUUAUUUGCAGUGAAUACUUUGAACAGCUAUUUAGGACUUUUGCUGUUCCCAUGUUUUGGAAGUGUUGACACUAAAACUCAAGGAUUGAGUUGUAUCUCAUCUUACACUCAGUGACAAAUAAGUCGCCAAGUCUUUUUGCUUGCUUUUCAUUAAUAAAAGAAAAUGUCUAAUCUUGUGAUUUUAGCU